AUGGCACCACCAAACAACCAAAAACGCAUGAAAGGCAUCCAAGUCUUCCGCCCAUUCGUCUUCGGCAGCACCGCCAAACUCUUCGACCCGAUAACAAACCCCAAACCCCCAGGAACGCCCGAAGACCACACACACAGCUGGACAGUAUUCGUGAAAGGUGUAGAUGAUACAGACAUCACGUACUGGUGCCGUAAAGUGCAGUUCAAGCUGCACGAAUCGAUUCCCAAUCCUUUGCGCACUAUCGAAAACAUUAACCCUGGCACACCAUUCCAAGUCCACGAAACAGGAUGGGGAGAAUUCGAGAUUAAUAUUAAGCUGUAUUAUACUCCAGAAUCCCUUGAGAAACCGCAGACCUUCUACCACCACCUACGUCUGCAUCCCUACGGCCUCACAGAAGCGGAGAAAGACGCUAUGAAGCUCCUCCCUGCUAUCGUUUCGCACUGCUAUGAAGAACAGCUUUUCAACGAACCAUACGAGCAAUUCUAUAAUAUGUUGACAAGUCCGGUAGAGAGAGGAAAAGGCAAAGGAACGAAGAUGAUGAAGGGAGGCAUGGUUGGUAGUAGCGGGGAGAGAACCGCUUUGAUACCGCUGACUAGUAGGCCAGAUCAGCCGUUUAGUCGGGAGACUGAGAAGUUGGAGAUCAAGCGGUUGAUGGAGGCGAAGGCGAAGAUCCAGGUUAUGAAUGCGAGUGCGCAAGAGGAGUUGAAGGCUAAGGAGGAUGAGUUAAAAAGGUUGAAGGCAGAGUUGAAAGGGAUAGUUGCUUGA